CUUAAUGCCGUGGCACUGUCCUUCACUUCAAGAAAUGCCGACUGUUAUUGUAGAUAUUCACUACGAGCAGAUGUAAGAUACUGAUGAUGGAGCCGUAAUGAGCUUCUAACUGUGGAGAGUAUAAACAACUAAAAGUCAAACAUGCUGCCAGGAUGUAUAACCGCUGCUUGCCACUAUUUGAAGUGGGCUUUGCCGCACUGGAAACCUGCCUUUUCCUUAACUUAUUGUCCAUUAGAGCCAGGGCAAUGGAUUUUAAGACAGGCAGGUCUGAGAAGGGCUCAUAGCUGGACUACAGCACCUUCAUCAAGGCUAAACCAGAGGCCGGUGUUUGCCAGAGCUCCAGUGUAUGGAGAAAAGCUUGCAGUCAUAGACAGCAAUGGUAGCCACAGCUACAAGCAGCUGUACUGCCGUAGUUUAGGUCUUGCAAAUAGAAUCGGUACAGCUCUGAACUCAGACUUUGGAGGUCUGGAAGGAAAACGCAUCUCCUUCCUGUGUGCUAAUGACGCCUCCUAUACAGUAGCACAGUGGGCCACUUGGAUGAGUGGUGGGACGGCGGUGCCACUCUACCGAAAACACCCACCGGCAGAACUGGAGUACAUCAUUUCUGAUUCCCAGACUUCGCUGCUGCUGGCAGCGGACUCCUACACUGAAACCCUCGAACCUCUGGCACAGAAGGUCGGGCUGCCGUGUCUGAAGCUGCCCCCUACUUCUGACCUGGAUGCUUUAUGUGAGGAAGAUGCACAGGAGAAGGAGACAGCCAUCACAGACUGGGCUGAUCUACCAGCUAUGAUCAUCUACACCAGUGGAACAACAGGGCGACCCAAAGGGGUUCUGCAUACACACGGCAGCGUCCAAGCAAUGGUCCAGUGUCUGGUUUCAGAAUGGGCGUGGUCCAGAGAUGAUGUCAUCCUGCACACCUUGCCUCUCCACCACGUUCAUGGCGUCGUUAACAAGCUGCUGUGCCCACUCUGGGUGGGCGCCACCUGUGUCAUGCUUCCCGAAUUCCAUCCUCAGAAGGUGUGGGAGAUGCUGUUGAGCUCCAAGGCUCCCAUGGUUAAUGUGUUCAUGGCUGUGCCAACUAUUUACUCUAAGCUGAUCCAGUACUAUGAUCAGCACUUCACACAGCCUCAUGUGAAGGACUUUGUCAAAGCAGUCUGCAAAGAGAGAAUAAGGCUGAUGGUUUCAGGCUCGGCUGCUCUCCCGCUUCCCACUCUGCAGCGCUGGGAGGAGAUUACCGGGCACACACUCCUCGAACGCUACGGCAUGACUGAGAUCGGCAUGGCGCUGUCCAACCCUCUCAAGGGCCCACGCGUCCCAGGAGCUGUUGGGUUGCCGCUGCCUGGUGUGGAAGUUCGGAUUGUUAUGAAUAACACAAUUAAUACAACCAUUGUGGAAGGCACUCACAAAGACACUCGGGUACGACCCGGUCUGGAGGGGAAAGAGGGGGAGCUUCUGGUUCGAGGGCCAUCUGUUUUUAAAGAGUACUUUAACAAACCUCAGGAGACCAGAGAGUCUUUCACUGAUGAUGGCUGGUUCAAGACAGGAGACACCGCUGUGUAUAAAGACGGCGUAUAUUGGAUCAUGGGUCGCACCAGUGUCGACAUCAUCAAGAGUGGUGGCUACAAGAUCAGCGCACUCGAUGUGGAGCGUCACCUUCUGGCUCAUCCAGACAUCACGGAUGUUGCUGUGAUUGGAGCCCCAGAUGCCACGUGGGGUCAAAAAGUCACUGCUGUAGUGCAGCUGAAGAGGGGCAAGAGUAUGACUUUGCCAGAAUUGAAGACCUGGGCAAGGGAGCACAUGGCACCCUACACCAUACCUACAGGCCUGGUGGUGGUAGAGGAGAUGCCGAGGAAUCAGAUGGGCAAGGUCAACAAGAAGGACCUCCUGCGACUAUUCUUUUCAUGACUGGAAAACUUGCAUGACAACAUACAGGUGCCUGGAUAAAGAACUGCAGAUGUACAUCAGAAACACGGCUGUUUCUCUCUGCACACAGGUAGACAGAGAGGAGGCAGAAAAGUAGAUGAAGACAUCAUGGAACAUCGUGGAAGCUAACAUUUGAGGAAACUUAUUCGCAACUAUAAAUACACUAUAAAUAUAAUUUAUAUGUAAAAUGUAAUACACAGCGGAGGGCACAUCAUAAUCAAAGGUUUUGCGACUGUGUGCAAUGAACUUGUGACCUCGUGACCUUGAACGGGUAUGUAACCACUGCCAUCUUCAAAACAACAUUGGUGCAUCAAGACUGAUAAAAUGGCAAAUAAAAAGGAGGCAGCCAGUUUCACAGUUUGCGAGUGAAUGGGGUCAAGUUGGCAAAUAAAUGCAAAAAUCAGAUAUAUCAGGAAAAAUUGUAAAUACAUUGCUGUCUUCAAACACAGAAAGCCAGAUUACAGAAAUUCACAUUAACUUCUUACGUUAAGAAGUUAGCAGAACCUCGCAGGUUUGAAACAGAAAUUCCUCCACAAAGUAGUUGUUGCUACGGUGAUUUAACUAUGUAACCAGAAUACAGCCAGCUGGCAACUAGGCGACUCAAGUCCCCAGUUACAAAGAGUUUGUGCCCAUUGGUGGAAACUGAUGCCGAUUGAUUGCAAUAUGUUUGCACCCUGUUAUUAAUUAUUUGCCAAGCUCUCUGAGAGUGAGUGCAGUCAGUCUAUGAUUGCUGGGAGACAGGUUUCCUCCCAUUAGGAGGUCACCUGUGGAGUCACAUUGCAAUCUGUAACUAACUAAAUGCAAGUAGUUGCAGUGAGCAAGUAGUACCAUCGUUCAAUCACUGGGCAAACAUGUUUACUGUCUACCACUUUUUACUCUUCUGUGACAAUGAAAAACUGUGGAAAUCAUCAGUCUGAUAUUUGUUUAGGGCAGUAUUAAACAGAACUUCUGCAAGGAGACACAGUGUUAGCGACACAAAAUUAGCCAUAUUAGCUUCAAAAAGGUGUGGUAUAAACAGUGUUUCUGUACAUGUUUGCUGUUAUCCAGGUCAUGACUUAGGUCCAAGAGAUUUGAUUCAAACUUGAGGGAACUUCUUGUCUUCAGGAAUCAAAAAGAAGACCCUUUGUCUUCUACUGAAGUACUUAUCAUAUAAAAAAACCAAACACUUCAAUUGUGAGUGUGCUUUCAAAUGAUGCUACUUUCCCACAAUGAAAGGUGCGUAGAGGACCUUUUUAGAGCUAAAAAAAAAAAGUGAAUCGGUUGCAAAUGUUUGUGGCAGCUCUUGUUAAACAAAAAAUAAAUAUGAAAUUUCAAACACUUUGUGAAGUGUUUUGCACCCAGCGAAACUGAGGGGUCCGCUCUUCAAUCUGCAUUAAUGAGAGGGGAACAGCUAGCUGUGGUGUGCAUGCAUCGUGAUGACUAGGAUUUUCAAAUGCUCCACUAAAAAAAUGCUCAAACCCAGAAGCAGCGUUUGGUAAAUGUGCUCUUAUUGAAAUAUUCUGAUGUUUGAUUAGUGAAAAUGGUGUGAUCAGAGAAUGCACAAUGACAGCUUUUUGUGGUAGAGUGGUGUAACCAGAAUCAAGGAUCAUGGUUAAUUAAACCUGCACUAAACAAAAUGAAAGCCGGUGCAGUGGUAAAUCAGGAGAAAGACGAUGAACACUGUUGGGUUGAUUUAGUUUUGUAAACACACUGAUGCACUUGG